AAGAGAGAGAGAGAGAGAGUCAGUGAGUGAGUGAACUUCAAGUGUUCUCCUCUCUGACUCUUUUUUUGCCUUUUCCAACAGGCAGAUUGAUUCUUUUAAAAUUUGUUUCUUCUUAUAUCUGGUUCUGAAUACGUUGAAAUAUCAACUCUGUGGAGUAGAACCAACACCAACAACAAGAACAAAACCAGAACACAAAGCUAAAGUCGUCUGAGCAAAAUGACUAGCAUCAGUGUUGGCGCUGCGCUAACCGUCCUCCUGCUCUUCAUCUCCCCUGCGGAUGCUGCUGACGGUGAUGUAGAAUUUUGGAGGGAAACUGUCACAAUGACAUGUCCAGAAGAAGGGACGUGGUAUGAAAAAGGAAAUUCAGAGAUGACAGACCUAAAGGAGAAUAAGACAUAUGUUUUCAAGUAUGAAAACAAAAAGAAAGGCCUUUACCACUGUGUGCAUGACGUAGAUAAAAAGUAUUACUUCUACGUGCAAGGAAAAGCGUGUGAGAACUGCUUCGAGCUCAACCCUCUGGUGUUUGCAUUGGCCAUCAUUGUGGACGUGAUCGGGACGGCGUUUGUGAUGAUGAUUAUCUACAGGUGUGGCAAAAAGAGACGCUCAGAUGGACUGUCCAAUGCUUCCACAGCACCUGCUCGCAGAGGAGGCCGAGCUCCACCUCUCCCAUCUCCUGACUAUGAGCCACUCAACCCUCACACACGCAACCAGGAUCCGUACUCUACGGUGAGCAGGACUGGAUAAACGACGCGUCGAAUGACUCCACUGAACAACAAACAACUUAGAUGAGCAGAAAUCAUACUCCAAGGACUGUGCACACAUCGGCUUUGGGGUUUAAAGUGUUGCUUUAACCUAAUGGAAAAAACAGUUGUAUAUAUUUUUUUACUUAAUCCUGGUAAUGAAGGCUGUAAUUGUCCAGGUAUUCGGCCACCACUGCGGUUCAACAGAAGUGAAUCAGUUGGUCCAUGUUCAUAUUUCAUAGCGUGUCAUUGAGGGGGAAAGUGUUUUGUUUUUAAUUCAGAGUCUAUUUGAUCGGAUUUUCCCCAGAUGUACAUUAAGGUAUAUCAAAACAUUUAAAAACUUUCUUCGGUAUCAAGUGGUCCAGAAAAAUAUCAUCUUCACCUUUGACCUCAGUUUACGGCACAAAAAGUCACAUUUCUUUUAGCUCGAGUAUUAGAUGUGUUUGGAUCAUAAAGAUACGGUGAUUUCACAUAUCCACUCCUGAAAAUAUCUGAAAAAAACCUAGAUAAUUUUAGAUAUUGCUCUGCUCUGCUCUGUAGAUUCUCCCGACCUGUCUGUUCACACAUGCUCCUCACAGCUGGAGACUAUCGCUGU